GCAUUUCCCAGAAGUCCUCGUUCCGCAGCUGCGGAACCUGUGGGCUUUGGAAUAGCUGCCACCGGACGGCGUGCCGGCGGCGGACAUGGCUUUCUCGAGCAGAUCGGUGGGUCGCCUGUUGGGGCCAGUCAGUGGGUCAGCGGCGCUUUGGGGUGGCAGGUGGCUCCAGCCCCGGGCCUGGCUGGGGCUCCCCGACGCCUGGGGACUCCCCGCCGUGCAGCAGACCCGGGGCAAGGCGCGCGGGAACGAGUAUCAGCCGAGCAACAUCAAGCGCAAGAACAAGCAUGGUUGGAUCCGGCGCUUGAGCAAGCCAAACGGCGUCCAGGUCAUUCUUCGCCGCAUGCACAAGGGUCGAAAAUCGUUGAGCCACUGAGCAGCGCGACGCUGCCGGCUGGACCCCCCCCCCCCAUUAAAGCAUUUUUCCUCGCUGACGACUGGGACUCGGACGGACAUGAAUCCUCAGAUUUCGGGGUUGGCCCAGGGGAAGAAUUGUGGGAUUAGACUGGAAGAGGGAGUGGGAAGUCAGACCUUGCCAAAUGCCUUUUUACGCUUUUGAAUUAGGAAGAAUUUCGAACAUGUGCAUCAGUCCACAGAAUGGUACAGUGAACGCCCUUGUAACCCAGUACACAGCUCUACCCACAACCUAUCCUGCCCUCUCCUGAGGUGCAAAUCUCGGGCAUCAGGUUAUUUCUUCUGUAAAUAUUUCAGAACUCACUUCUCUAAGAUAAGGGCCCUUUAAUACAUAUUCACAAAGCUUUUCACAGCUAAAAAAAAAAAAAAAAAAAAAAACAAUUCCUUCAUGUCAUUAAAAAUCUAAUAAAUGUUCAAAUUUUCA